UCGUAGUGUAAGGACGUUCGACCGGGCAAAACUACGAAAACGGUGCGGACGGCAGAUUUCAUAUCUAAUAGUGUAGUACAAGUCUCAGCUGUAGGUGGCAUUAGCCUUGAUGAUGUGUAUAGUUGAUUAAAAAUUGUUAUUACAAAACUGUAUAUUUACAUACGUGUGCAUGCAUACAUGUGUAUAAUUGAAAUCUACUUUUGUGAACGAACGUAUUUGUAGUUUUAGUUUAUGUAAAUUUGUGUGACGAUAAACUUCAAAGUGCUCAUAACGUUAAAACUCCGCCGUCGCUGAGGACCUGAACAUCUGAUUGUAACCAAGAGAUAAAUGACAAUCAUCCUUCUACUAGGGCGAAUAAUGGUACAAGAACACGUGUCCAACAUAUGCGCCAAAUUGCAUAAAAAAUGAAGUGAUUCGAAGUGAUUGAUUGAUUCAAAUCACCAACCUCAUUGCCAUAAAGUAGUUUCACAAAAAAUAGCUAUGUUCUUACAUUUGUUUAAAAACUGUUCCAACAGUUUGCCAGAAACAAGCCACUCUGGGCACUCUCCUCCAAUGUACUCAAUGCGAUAAAUUUCUAAACAAACUGAGGAACGGAUAUAACGACAUUACGAUCCUACGACCUGUACUAAGGCCGCAUAAAACUCUCUUCCCGUGGGACGGAUGAGAUUUUGAGGACAUCGUGUUAAACCAACCAUGAGUUCUAUAGCUCUAACAUACGAACCCAAGGCACGUCAAACACAAUACAAACAGCAAACACAGCGAAGAUUAUCAGCUCUAUUGCCAUUAAAUAACGAGUACAGGAGGAAGAAUCUAGUGGAGCUGGCGGCUAAAGGUUGUCCUGCCAAACGCUUGGCAGCGUGUACUGAAGAUCAAUACUCCCAGCGGCGACAAAGGCAGAAAUGUACAACAAAGACAGCCAGAAACAGGUCAGUUAGUUUCGUGGAUGAGGCGAAAGCGACAGCGUCGAAUUGCAGGCUGUCUUUCUGGAGAUAUGGCGCUAAUUAUAACUUGCGGACAGACUCGAUGCUUAUGAUGAUAAUUAUAUUUGCUGUUGUAAUGGCUGUUGUGAUAUCGGAAAAAACUGUUCUGGCAGCGCAGCGCGACUCAGUAAAACAGAAGAAUCCCAAUAACCUUAGUAGUAAUGCAAAUGUAAUACCAACGGGAAGCGGAGGCGUCGCCAGUAGCGGCACCAGUGCUGUCAACGGAAAUGGGAACGGAAAUGCCAUCGGCGGUGGCAAUACCAAUCCCAACAGGCACAACAAUGAUAUUACCAACGGAAAUCCGAACAACAAUGCGUCGGCCGCAAGUAAUGGUAACUCAGCGACGGUCGAUGCCGCGGUUAAUUACGUCACCAUAGCAACGAGCACCACUGUCGCGAUUGAGACAGUAUUAAGCAGCAGCAGCAGUCCAGUCUCUAGCAGCAAUAUGCAGAAGAACGGCGGCAGCGGCGCCUUCCCUUCAGGCACAUCCGUGGUAAAUCGCAAUACGAUUGAAGUGACGGAGGAUGCUCGCAAUGGCCCGUAUUUCGACAAAGCCGCUUCAAAAAAUGUGACAGCGCUGCUUGGAAAAACGGCAUAUUUAAACUGUCGGGUAAAAAACCUGGGCAACAAAACGAUGCUUUUGCAAGUCUCCUGGGUACGUCAUCGAGAUAUUCAUUUGCUAACUGUAGGACGGUAUACAUACACAUCGGAUCAGCGAUUCCGUGCAAUACAUCAACCACAAACCGAAGACUGGAUUUUGCAAAUAAAAUACCCUCAGCAUCGAGAUUCUGGCAUAUAUGAGUGCCAAGUAUCUACCACACCGCAUAUGAGCCAUUACAUCCACUUAAAUGUUGUUGAACCUUCCACGGAGAUUAUUGGAGCACCGGAUCUGUACAUUGAGAGUGGCUCAACUAUAAAUUUGACUUGCGUCAUAUUGAAUUCGCCCGAACCACCUGCUUACAUAUUUUGGAAUCACAACAAUGCUAUAAUCAACUAUGACUCUCCGCGUGGUGGUGUAUCCGUUGUAACAAAUAAAGGCGAGACAACAACCUCCUUUUUGCUCAUAAAAACUGCUCGGCCCUCUGAUUCGGGGCACUAUCAGUGCAAUCCAUCGAACGCGAAACCAAAAAGUGUAACAGUUCAUGUAUUAAAUGGUGUUUCUCAUUCCGUUUCCAGGGGAGUUCCCAGCAGCAAUGCAGCGCGCGGGACCAGCGCAUCAUCGAAUGUCCCAAAGUCACUAUCUCCUAGUGUACCUGUCUAUGUACUUGUGCACCUUAGCGUAUGUCAGGUGGUAUAUGCAGCCAUUGGCAGCAGCUGGCACCAAGGAAGCAGAAAUGUGAGGCAUUUAGUUGCGAAGCUUCUGAGCGUACUCGCGUUGCUGGCAACCGAGCUGCUUAACAAGCGACAAGCGAAUCGAAGAAAGUGCGGAAUUUCUAACAACAACUGUGGCUGCUCCUGCAUCGACGUACAGCUCAAAGGAAAUGCGCAGCUGCAACAACAACAAUCUGUAUUCACAAAAUUCAAAGUUGCCUGUAGCGAAGUCAUUCACCGAAAAAUAAUUUCCAAAACAAGAAAAUAUUACAUUUCGAUAAGAGGCAUACUACGCUACCAACUGCUACAGUCAAGUUUUUACAAUACUAUUAAUAAAAGCUGCGGAAGUAAUAAUUAUGCCAAUACAUCUGUGUUGUUCGAUAGACACAAGUCCGAACCAGACAUCAGGUGAGUGUACUUUAUUUGAAAUCCUGUUCACAGGUUCCAUGGGCUAAUACUGAACAUGGACUCGGUGAACGGAUAUUUGAGGAAAAAUCCAAUUCAAACUCAACAAAUCCGACUAAACUAAACUAUAGGUAUGUUAUGAUAAUGAAUUCAGAAUUGUUUUCGUAUUGUAUGUAUUGUAUAUUUUUGGUAUUCGUUUGAUUUGAAUUUUUCUACUUGAGGUGAAAUAGCUGUUUUGUGUAACCGAAGGAAAGCACUUAGAAAAAUUGGAGUACAUGUAAAUUUACUCAUAAGUAAAGUUGUAAAUAAUUAUAAAAUAAUAUAAUAUAAAUUAAAAGAAAAAACAGAAAAAAUCAUAAUUAAGCGAUACAGGAAAUUCGCUUUGAUGUAGAUUACAAGUGAGUAAAAUUCUAAAUUGCAAAAAAAUAAAUAAAGUUAGUGAGAACCACUGUACUUAAAAACGUAAUUAAAGAAAGUUCAACCAAACCAGUGACUCUAAAACUAUACUAUGUAAACCGCAUACAAGUAAUUCAUUAUUAAACGAGUACGUAAAUCUGCCUGCCACACGAUUCUUAAAUGCUAUGAAAUGUUCUGUAUUUUCCAGUUGACUAGAUACAUUUUUGAGUAAAGAAAUAUUGCAACAGUAAAGGACAUUAAUAUUAAAUUCGUUGUUAAUUUGGAAAACUGCCAUAAGGGUUUUUUAUUAUUAUUUCACCCAAUCGCUCAGUUUGAAAAUAAUUAAUAAGAGAUGUAUACACAUAAUUACAUUUAAUUGUUAUGUCAUUCGAUAUACAUAUAUGACUUUUAGAUGAUUAGAGAGUAUUUCCAACCUCUUUCGUUUUCAUGCAACUGCUUCUAAUUUGCAAUGUUCUGAAACUUCUACAUUUUUUUAGCCCGCAGUCCACUUGAGAUGAGGCUUGAAUUAUUUUAUAUGCCACUACACUAUCCGCUAAAAGUAGAAAUGACUUUUGUAAGGCAAUUUUCUGCAGUAGACACUCAUACAUGCGUAAUUAUACAUGUACAUACAUAUUUAAGUAAUACAAAGUACUGAUCAAACAAAAAAACUGUACAUUUGACAUAAGGUACCUUAAAUGAAAGUUAUGAAAUUUAAUUAAAAUGAAAUUCUUAAAUUAAUAUAAUAUAAUAUACCAGUCAGUCAUACCAAUAAGCUAAAAAUUGUUACAUAUAACGGUUAGCUUAAAGUAAAAUGUUUUCAAGGUAAACCUCUAAGUGUAGCCUUUGAGAUAACUCAUACUGUUUUUUAUAAUUAAGCAAUUUGUUUUCUGUUUUCAUUCACACGAGUGCUGUAAGUUUAAGUCUUAAGUUCCGAUAAUGGCAUGGUAAACCGAAAACGUUAAAUAAGAAACCUAAAGAACACAACGCAAAAUAAAAACUGCAAUUUCGUUUGUUGUUGAAAUUUUAGCAUAGUACUACAUCACAAAGACAUACCGUAGAUAAUAAAAUAAUAAAUAAAUGAUUAUAAAGAAAACGAAAAGUGGGCAAGGUUAAAAAACGAAAUGAGACCAAUAACAAAAAAAAAAAAACACAAAAAUAACAAAAAACCAAAAAGUUAAAUGUUUAGAUUAAACAACAAUACUAAAAUUCAAGUUAAAUAAGCAAAUCAUAAUAAAAUCCUUGAACCGAACAAAAUAAAGUCUGCGGCAGAAAAUAAAAGUGAGAUAAAACCGAAACUGUUAAGCAUGGAAAUUAAGGGAAAUACAGUGAAUGUAAUGAUUUGGCAAUCGCCAAUUUCAUCAGAACGUGCAUGCAUGAAUAUCGAAAAUCAGCUACAUAAGUAAUACAUAUACUCACAUAAAAUUGAAUAGAUUAUUAUAAGGAUGUUUUAACAUUUCAUUAAAAUCGGUUCUGUUUCGUCAGGCGGUCAUAAGAAAGGGUUUGAAUAUAUAUUACUUUGUGAUGAAUAUUUAGAAUAGUGAUUUGCAACAAGCGUUUGUGCUUCUUGGUUUAUGCGUUUUCUUUUUAUUUUGAAAUUCAAUAAAAUUUCGCCUAUAUUUUAUAUUAAAUGUCCAGCAUUUGUGUAAACUACAGAACACAUUAAUGCAGUGUGCACACAUACAUAUAUAAGUGUAUAUUUAUAUAUUUAAAUUAAAUUUAAUUUAAUUGAAUAACAAAAUUAUUCUUAUGUAAUAAUUUCAAA